GAAAGUAUUUUUUUUUGUAGCUCAAAUUUUGUGGUAUCUUUUUUCCCCUAAGCUUUAUUAUCCAAUACAUUAUUCUCCAUCACCGACCUAUUCGAUUUUUUUGGUAACGCCAAUGCUGCGCCGUUUGAUAGCAUCGUCGUGCCGACGUACGUUGCCCACAUCCACAGCGCGUGCGCCAGUAGGGCCUAUUCUGUGCAUCAGUGUUGCAUCACAUCGUUCGAUCACCACCGACGCGACGAGGGCAGCCUCUGAUGCUGCCCGUGAGCGCAAUGCUAGCGGCAGCAACAACUCUUCUAGCUCACAACGCCGCCCCCCGUUGCCGCCGCUGUCGCCGGCUUUCGAUAUCGUUCACUGGAACGAUGCCGAUGUGGCAGCAGGCCACCUCGUCCGGGUGAUUUAUCGUGAUAGCCAUAUCGUCUUGGAAUACCACCGGCAGACGCGAAGGAUCAUGGAUGACGACGGGCGCCGGAUUGAUGGCGACGGAAGGGGUAACGCGGAGCGCCUCGUGACGUUGACGCUGCCGCCGGUCUACAUCGCACGAUUUCUGGGAGUCCUGGAAGGGCGUAUGUCCGAAGUCGAGGUUCAAUCCCGCUUCACGAACGCAACCUUCAAGCCCGAUACCUCGACGGCGAAGGCGCACCACUACAUCCUGCGCUGCGUCUCGCACCGGCCAACGACGGGGCAACGCCAGACCGCGGAGGGGGUCGACGUCGCGGAGGACUCCGUGGAGUGGCAAGUGAGUCUCGACGCGGCUGAAUCUCUCAUGCUACACCGCUUUCUCACCCAGGCACUCAAGUAUAACUCUGGAUUUGGUCGCCAAAGGUAA